AUGGAGAAACCUUCAGAUGAUGAACAGAGAAACGUGGAAGGAACCAGUGCCAGCAGUAGUAUAAACAACACUCAGCGUCCGAGGAACCCUAUUGAGGAAUUGGAAAUGCUUGCUUACUUGAGUGAUACAGAAGAAGAGGAAGAUGAUGAUGAUGAUGAAGAAGAAAGUGAAGAAGAUGGUAGUGAUGAAGCAGAAGAAGUUAUGAACGACGAUGAGGCCAAUGAUGGUUUUGCUAUAGCCAGUGUUGAUAGAGAAAUUAUUAUGCCAACAUUUGAACCAAAGGUUUCAGAUAACUCCAUACAAGCAACUCUUUCUGAUCCCGACGUGCUUGAUUGCUACAUUUGUUCUGAACCUUUGACUAUUCCUGUUUUCCAGUGCAUCAAUGGGCAUAUUGCUUGCUCCUUAUGUUGUGCCAAACUUUUGUAUAAGUGUCCCUUUUGCUCAAUGCGUAUUGACCACAGCCGUUGCCUUGCUAUAGAGAAAGUACUAGUGUCACUUCAAAUAGCAUGCCAAAAUGCAACAUAUGGUUGUAAUGAGAUAUUAAGAUACAGCCAAAAAUAUGAGCAUGAGAAGACAUGUAUCUAUGUACCAUGUUCAUGUCUAGGUUGCAACUUUGUUGCCAAGUCAAGCGACUUAUAUCUCCACUUCAAGGAAAAUCAUAUGAAUGCUAAAACAUCAUUUAAAUAUGAUGAAUUUUUCUCUGUCUUGUUAAGUCAUGAUGAGAACAUCGUUGUUCUUCAAGAGCAAAUUGAUGGCAAGCUGUUUGUUCUCAAAAAUAAGGCAUCAGAGAACCAAGGAAAUGCAGUGACUAUUUAUCACAUCGGGCCUAAUUCACCAAACCCAAUUUCUUAUUAUGAAAUCAAGGCUAGGUCUAUGGUGGAAAACAAAUCUGUGCAAUUCCUAGCUUCUGCCCAAAACAUUCAAGGCUUCACAUUUGGCAGUGCUUCAUCAUCACCAAGGUCUCUUUUGAUUCCAUUGGAUUUUUUUAACUCUCAUGGACGGCUCGUGCUGGAAAUUUGCAUAAAUUUAUAUCCUAUAAAGCUGAAAGAAGUCCAUAGGUGCUAG